AUCCCAUCAACAUUUUUCAGCUUAACCAUUUUUAGUUAUAUAUAAAUAUAUAAAAAUAUUUUUAUCAAUUAUUUUUAAUAUUUUUCCUAAAACCCAUCUGGGUUUUGAUCAGCAAGACAUCCCAGAUGAUGGGUUUUAUUCAAAAUUCAAUCUUUAUUGUUUUUAAUAUUUGAAUAUAUGAUGUGGGUUUGUUGAGAAUUUGGAUGUUUAGACUUUUAGUUGUGGGUUUUGUUAAAUUUAUGAUUUUUUAAAGUGGGAUUUUAAAGUUGGAGUAGUUAGGUUAAAAUCUUGGAUUAAUUCUUUAUAUUUUCUUCAAAGAUUUUAAGUUUUUUAUUAGACUAGUUAUUGCUGUUGAUACUGCUCCAUUGGCUUUAACAUUUUAUAUCUGAGAAUAUAAAAUCUUAGUCAAGAUUUCUUAUAAAGCUUUUUUGGAGUAGUGAAGUUUAUAUAAAUUUAGUAUAUCUAUAUAUAAAAAAAGAAAAGAGAAAAAUGUCUGGUGGAACACCAACUGCUGGUGGGCUAAUGAGGCAGAGGCAUAGUCAAGGGUAUGCUUCAAGUGGUGAUGAUCUUGAAGACGAUGCUUGUUCUAGAAUUCGGUCUCAAUCGCCUGUUUUUCCGACAACGAGAACAUGGGUUGAGGUUUUGGAGAAUGUACUUUGGAUUGCUUCUGCAGUUUUGAUAAUAUAUUUGGGAGAUUGGCAUUCUAACUUGAUAUAUAUCUUGUUUCAUGAUGGUAGGAUUAGAAGAACACCGUUGUAUCUUGGGUUAUUUGGCGUGAGCUUAAAUGUUGCUUAUUUUGUGUAUAUAAGUAUGUUAGUAUGGGGUGUCAGAAAGUCAAGUGAGAGGUGGGAAAUAUCAAGUACAGAUGCCCUCCCGUGUGUUACCAUGUUGGGGCUCGUCUCUUUUUGUUUGUUCUGUUUUGCAUUGUGGCCAAUUUGGAGUUUCUUGACCCUCCCUCUAGUGUUCACAUUGUUCAUGGCUUGUAUGGUAAUAUUGCCAUACAUGGUUCUCGGGACGUUUAAGCAGCAACCAUCAGAUAUGUUCCGUAUUGACUGAUAUCCUUGUUCAUAUUCGCAUUGAUUGAAGCAUUUACACCCCAGAUUGGAGGUUUGUCUCUCUGGCAAUCAUGCUCGCAAUUUAUAAACGAUACUAACAACAGAACUGGCAGAUAUUUCUUGUAUGAAUCGGCCUCUUUCGUUUCCUUGUUUUUUAUUUCACUGUCUUAAUGAACACAUCAGUUUGUGAAAUUAGAAGAAUCUCAGGUCAGAUUAUAUUAGAACAGAUAGAAAGGAAACAGUUUUUAUAGUGAUUGAUUGAUAGUUCGAAUGAGUUAGUCAA